AUGAGACCAUCAGCGCACCCGUUGCCGCCGUCGAGCAGCCUGCCGCCCUUGCGGACCCUCGAGCAGCUCUCCGAAGCCGACAUCACUUCGGCCCUGCAGAGUCUCUCAGCAAUUUACUGCUCGCUACCGGUCUCCGUCGCCUUCCAGCUCACACCCGAGUCUCGGAGGCUCGCUCACCAUAACAAACCGCUUGUCGACUCGGGUUAUGUGUCGGAGACAGACGACGACCACGAAGAGAUCGAUGGCGUCGACCACCACAUCGCCGCGCUUAAAGUUGACGCUUUCGAGCGCAGCUUCGCCGAGCGCUGGCUGACCGGGUUCAUCGCCCGGGCCGAGAGCCUUCCAUGUUUUGAGUCUGAAGAGGCUUGUCAGCAAGCCCUCGACCAGGCUUCGUGUGUGCUCGCAGCCUUUUUCGCCGUCCCCGAGACUGGUGCCGACCAAGACGACAAGGACCAAGACUAUGCCCGCGAGUUCGCCUUCGAGCUCAUGGUACCAGACGCUGACACAGCGAAAGCAAGCGUCCCGAUCACAGUACGACUUAACGACAGGUUGGCCGGCACGAACUCGGCCGAUCCGGACGACGUCGGCCUUCAAAGCUGGGGCGCCUCGAUUCUGAUGUCGGAAAUCAUGUGCGCUUCACCUGCCCGCUUCGGGCUAUCGCAGCCCGCACUCGGUCUAUCGCCGCGCAUCGUUGAACUUGGGGCAGGCACGGGACUUGUCAGCCUGAUGCUUGGGAAUAUGUUGCCUCAUCUUGGAGCCCCUCUUCCAACUAUUGUCGCCACAGACUAUCACCCGUCAGUGCUUAACAACCUGAGGUCCAAUAUCGCGCUCAAUUUCCCGGUACCGGAUACGAAUCAUGUGCAGACAGCAGCUCUCGACUGGUCCGCGCCCGUUCUGCAAGCGCCUUUGGAUAUCCCAGCCGACAUUCUUGUUGCGACCGACGUUAUCUAUGCCCCCGAGCAUGCGAUAUGGCUGCGCAACUGCGCAUCGUGCCUGCUUGCACCAAACGGCGUCUUCUGGCUUCUCGUUACCGUUCGCCAGAAUGGCCGUUUCAAUGGGGUCAGCGACAGCGUAGAGGCCGCGUUCACAGCAGUCGAUGGCCCCAAAGGGAAAGACGGGAAGAGGCUCGUGAUUGUACAUUCAGAAGAACUGCAAAAGCGUACCGGUGUCGGACGUGGCGAUGAGAGCGGGUACAAGCUUCUCGACAUCCGGUGGGCGUGA